AAAAUACAUAUAUUAGAACUAUAUGUAAACAAUUCUUUUGAUAAUUGUCACACGAUAAUUAGUAAUGAAUAUUCACUAGUGGCAACCACAUAUGUAUUAACAUCAAUUUUUCACAAUGAAGAAAUCCAAUCUAGGUCAAAUUUUCGACACCUUAAUUAAUAUGAUUACGCAUCAUCUAACGUCACAAAUUUUAUACGUCACCAAAAUUACAAAGAAGAAGAAUGGGAACAUAAGAUAAUUUUUUGUUGCACAAGAAAAAGAUAAAUUUUAUUUAAAUAUUUCAUGACAACCCAAUUCAAAUAGGUGUUUACAUCAAAAACAUGCUGUUUUAACCCAAGACAUUCUUAAAUUAAAAAAAGAAAUUGUUCUGCCGGAUUCAAAAACUUCAAGUAGCGCAUUAGAAAACCAAUAGGUUUAAGUAUAUAUAUAUGUCGCCUUUUGUUAAUCUGGCCUUAACCAGACUAUUAUCUUCAUCACGUUUUGUUCUUUAAUUAUUUAUUUGCCUGUUUUAAAAAUCAGUGAAGACUAUUUUUCGCCUGCUUACCACGUUAUAAACCACAUUCUCGUUGAAUCUUUAUUACUACUUCCCCACGAAUUACAUGUCUUAAUCAUGAGUCAUGACCAUGUUUAUUUAUUACAAGAAGUAAGAACUAAGUACUUUGCCGUCUCUUAAAAUCUUAAAAUCAUUUGAUUCUGAGAUUUGUUUUACACAUAUGUCAUCUAGUCUUUUCUAGUUCGGUCAUCAAAGCUAAUAAUUCAGUUUCUCAAAAAAAAAAUUCUUCUUCUUCUUCUUUUAGAGUAAGUUUAUUUUUAUUAAGAGAGAAAUAAAUCUAAAAUAAAAGUAUAUAUGUUCGUAAAUGUACUACUGUAAAACAGCAAAUAUAGUAAUUUACACAACAGAGAUUACAUGGUCAAAAUUAAACAACAUUUAAUAAUAUUCUCCAAUUUUGUUUGUCAGAAAUUAUUUAAAAUAUCAAUUAUUCGUCGGCUAAUGUUUUUUGUCAACAAUAACAUCAUCGACUAAUGUAUAUUACCUUCUCUCGUCACAUUGUGCUUGCGCAAUAUCUUUCGUCACAUUAGUGUUGCUUACAUAAUAUCUUUGCACACCUAAUUUUUGAAAAGAAAGCCUUUUAAGAAGGGCAAUUGUCCAAAAGAACACCUUUCAAGUUUAUGUCACAAAAAUGACACCAGGAAAUGAAAGUCACAAAAAUGACAUUCAUUAAAAGGCAAAAUGUUACUACUACCCUUGUCUUAUAAGAAUAAAAAAAAAACAAACAAUUCAUUUCUUCACUCGUGACUCUUCGAACCGUGUCGUCUCCGGCUCGGGAAUCUUUAAACCCUCACCGGCACUGUCGUCUCCGGCUCGCGAAUCAUCGUCUCCGGCUCGGGAAUCAUCGUCUCCGGCUCGAGAAUCAUCUUCUCCGGCUCGCUAAUCAUCUUCUCCGGCUCGCUAAUCAUCUUCUCCGGCUAUCUAAUCAUCAGCGUCACACUCUCUACUCUCAAAAUCGGACACAAAUCACUAUGUAACUUUUUAAAAUUAGGGUUUUUGAAUUAAAAUUUGUGAAGCUUGCGUUUUGAUUUUGAUUUGUUUGUUACUCUUUCUUAUUAACCAGCGAAGUAAAUGAAAGACUUUUGAAUUGUGGGAACACAAAGUUGUUGGAGCAUAAUUCAUCUCUUUGAGGUAUGUUGCAGAUUCAACCUUCUGUGUGUUUGUACAAAUUUAUAAAAUAAAAGUUUGUUGUCUCUUGCUGCAUCUAUUGAAUGUUUUUAGAAGAUUUCCAGAAAGCAUUUGUUGCUGCAUCUAUUGAAUGUUGACACAUAUGGUAACACAUUUUGAAACUUUUUUGCUUUGAGUCUUGUUUUGAUUAGGAAUGUUGAUAUUUUUGAUAGGGUCUUGAAUUUGCUUAUGAGUCUUUUGUUGCUUGUGAAACUGUCUAGUGUUUAUAAUAAUUUCAGGAAGCAUUUGUUUUUGAUAGGGUCUUGAAUUUGCUUAUGAGUCUUUUGUUGCUUGUGAAACUGUCUAGUGUUUAUAAUAAUUUCAGGAAGCAUUUGUUGUGUUAUUUCAGGAAAGCCUUCCAGAAAAGUUUGAAAUUUUUUUUUCCAUGUUUACGCAGGAUAGAAACAAGAUGGGAUUCAGUACCUCUAAAACUAGCACUGCCAGAGCUGAAGUAUCCUAUUGGUUCACAGCCAAAGCAAAAGUCAGCAAUCAACCAAUAUUCCGGCUCAGAGUAUAUCUCCAUUGUUGACAGCAUCCUAAAAUCAGAUGAGAUGAUAAGAGUCCGAGGAUCAUUUCUGGGACCUAUAAUGAAGCUCAGUGAGAGAGGAUUGAAGUUAUCAGCAAAGAUGGUCUACGCCAUUCUCACUAGAAGCAUCGUUUCUGUCAAGGAGAAUGAAGCCUGGUUCCAUUUCGGUGCGCAGCCAAUGAGGUUCUCUAUAAGAGAAUUUCAUAUGAUGACAGGCUUGAAAUGUAGUGGUGCAUUAGAAGGACCACGAAGGGAAACCGAUAGAUUUAAUUGGGAAUUGCUAAAGGGGCGUAGUCAUAAGUUAAGUGACGUGGUGGAACAGCUCAGAAACACAAGAGAAGAUGCUUCUGAGGAGAGAGUAUGCCUCGCAAUGCUCAUCCUGGUAGAGAGCAUAUUAUUGCGGAAGAGCAAAGGAGGGAGUUUUCCUUUGGAAUAUGCGAAAAAUGCACAGGAUAUGACAUAUCCAUGGGGGAAAGAGGCUUACAUUGUGCUCCUGAAGUCAAUUCAAAACGCUGUCGCGAAUCAUUUGGAGAAUAAAUCCAAAUUUGAGUUGCAAGGUUAUCCUCUAGUAUUCCUUCUUUGGAUACUAGAGUCGAUUCCUUUGCUAAGGAAUAAGUUCAGUAAGUGUGUACCAACAGUUGAGGUUCCUGGGCCGACUUACUUGUGUGAAAAAUACACUGAGGUAGAGAAUCCAUCACUUGAUAGGGUUUUACAGGUUGAAGCUGAUACAAAGCUGAAGGUCCAUUGCAUACUACCUUCUAUUCCUCAUGAUCCAGAAGAUGAUAUCUCCAUUGAAGACAAAUAUAGUGACGAGCUGGAAACACUGAAAGAUGUAACAAAGAAAGGGUACAAGCUUACAGCCGAUGACUGGGAAAAUAGGUGUGUAGACACAUUUGAAACAUUGGAUGCUCUUAUUCAAAUGAUGGCAAAUAAGGAGACUGGCCAAGCUUCUACUCCGAUUGAUGAGGAUUCAGUAAAUGAAAAAGUGAACAGGAUCAUUGAGGUAAUGGAGGAGAAUCUGAAGAGCAUGAAGGAUCGAAUGUCAUUACUGGAAGAAGAAAACAUGCAUCUUAGAGCCCGUGUGUCAGAGUUGGAAGGAAACAACAAUGUUUUUCCCACUAACGUGACACAACAGCGAUCCAGUGGGACACCUUUAUCUCCAAUGUCUCACACGCAACCAUCGAGUGAGACGCCUUUAUCUCCAAUGUCUCAACAGCCUAAUUUGACACAUGAGGAGACAAUGAUUGAAUCAGCUGCAUCUCCAAAGUCUCAACAAAAUGAGGAUUACACGCAACCAUCGAGUGAGACGCCUUUAUCUCCAAUGUCUCAACAGCCUAAUUUGACACAUGAGGAGACAAUGAAUGAAUCAGAUGAUGACACUCCUGCCCUUGAUACUCAAGUAUUCUCUCCUAAUCUGACAAAAGAGGUAUAUGCUCAAUGAUAUUGUUUUCACAGUUGGAGUUUACAAAUUAGUUUUGGGUGAUUUUUUUUACAUAUAAAGGCUUUUCUGAUUUUUGACAGAAAGAAACAAGUGAGUCACCUGCUGAGAGGCC